AUGGAAAGCAUAGUACACCUUACUAAAACAUUAAGUGAAAAACUUAAUGAUGAUUUUUUGUCAGUGGAAUGGGUUAUACAUAGAAUAAAUAGAAUGAAUGGAAAAAUUGAAAAUAUUACAGAAAAAGAAGAAUCCUUAAUUAGGAAGUACCUUUCUUAUCAAGUUUCAUCAGUGCUUAUUCAAGCAAUUAGUGCAAUUAUAUUUAGAAAUCCAAAUAAAAUAUAUGAAAUUUGGAAGCAAUUUACAAAAAAAUCAUGUUUGGUGACCUAUCAGCACAAAUUAAAACUAUCAACAGGAUUACCAAUUGAAACACCAAUAAAAGAAUUUGGUGAUAAGGUCUUAAAAAAAUUAAAGGAAUUAGAAUCAGCUUUAUUAUUUGAUAAAAGAUUUGCAGAGUUAUGGGAUGAAAAUGCCAUGCCACCAAGAAUGUUAAGACCAUAUUAUGUUGUAAAUGAUAUUGAUAAAGAUGAUAUUCCUUACUUAGAGUUUGUUGCCGAAAAUUUGUUUAAUAUAAAAGUUAUAGAACCUGAUACAACAUAUAAUUAUGGAUGCUCUU